CAGCUCACCGCUGAAGAUAUCAAGCGUGGCUUAGGCCUAACGGCCACACACCUGAAAAGCAAGAAAAAACAGAUCACCGUCGUUGCUGUUGGAGGCGCUAUCAACACGAUUCUUCUUCGUGCGCUCCGUGCCUCUACAGCGGAUGUAGAUUUCUUCAGCAUUGAUGCUGCAAACAAUCCCGUCUUGCGAGAUGGUAUUAAAAGCGCAGCCAAGACCAUGCAGCUUGGUGAAGGGUGGAUGAACAACCACACUGCACUUUUCAUCGCUCCCAACACUAAAACCAACCUCUACAAUGAAGCAAUUAGCGAUGGUGUAGUCAUCUUUGAUGAGCCUGGGCUUAAGGUGCUCGCUGCGCCCUGGAUGUACUGUCUGGUAGCCAAAUUGGAGAAGGCCGGAAAGCGAGGGAACGCAAAGUCCUAUGAUAUGUCCGAUGCAGCGCAAUACCUCAUCCAAGAAUCCAAGAGGAGGGGGGCGAAAAUCAAGGUCGCAGACAUUGAGGCGAAAGCGAUCGCGUAUGGGGCAGAAAUCCAGGAAGCGCAGAUCAAGGAGUUAAAGGCUUUGUGGGAGGGUAUAUAG